CUUGCGUGUGCUGCUCACGGCGGCUACCCGCCUCCAAAAGCAUCAAUUGUGCAGCCUAGAGUUGACGGGCGCUGUCUAUAAGUUGGCCGCCGUACUGCUCGCCCACGCUGGCCACUCCGUCACUAGAAUUAUACACAAUCCCCCUUUGGGAUCAGUCCGCUCGUGCAAAGCUCUCCUUCGCUCCUGUGCUCCUGCCACCCCGCUAAAUCUGGGCAAGGCCGACCCGCUUAUUUAGCACACCCAGUUCUUGCCUCGCGCACAAGAACCUCACCCUCAACACCGCCGCCGAACUUCGACGCUACACCCACACCCUUUCACAGCUCUACGUUUACUCUAAUCUCACCCUAAUCAGUCAAUCAUCAUGGAGGAGGAAGUCGCAGCUCUCGUCAUCGACAAUGGUUCGGGUAUGUGCAAGGCCGGUUUCGCCGGUGACGAUGCGCCCCGAGCAGUCUUCCCUUCCAUUGUCGGCCGACCGCGUCACCAUGGUAUCAUGAUUGGUAUGGGCCAAAAGGACUCAUAUGUCGGUGAUGAGGCACAGUCAAAGCGUGGUAUCCUGACUCUGCGAUACCCCAUUGAGCACGGUGUCGUUACCAACUGGGAUGACAUGGAGAAGAUCUGGCACCACACCUUCUACAACGAGCUGCGUGUCGCACCUGAGGAGCACCCCGUCCUCCUCACCGAGGCUCCCAUCAACCCCAAGUCCAACCGUGAGAAGAUGACACAGAUUGUUUUCGAGACCUUCAAUGCUCCCGCUUUCUACGUCUCUAUUCAGGCCGUCCUGUCUCUGUACGCCUCUGGACGUACCACUGGUAUCGUUCUCGACUCCGGUGACGGUGUCACUCACGUUGUCCCCAUCUACGAGGGUUUCGCCCUUCCCCACGCCAUCUCCCGUGUCGACAUGGCUGGUCGUGACUUGACCGACUACCUCAUGAAGAUCUUGGCUGAGCGCGGCUACACCUUCUCCACCACUGCCGAGCGAGAAAUCGUCCGUGACAUCAAGGAGAAGCUCUGCUACGUCGCUCUCGACUUCGAGCAGGAGAUCCAAACUGCCAGCCAGUCGUCCAGCUUGGAGAAGUCGUACGAGCUUCCCGACGGUCAGGUCAUCACCAUUGGAAACGAGCGUUUCCGUGCUCCUGAAGCUCUCUUCCAGCCUUCCGUCUUGGGUCUUGAAAGCGGUGGUAUCCACGUCACCACUUUCAACUCCAUCAUGAAGUGCGAUGUCGACGUCAGGAAAGAUCUGUACGGCAACAUUGUCAUGUCUGGUGGUACCACCAUGUACCCCGGUAUCUCCGACCGCAUGCAGAAGGAAAUCACCGCCCUCGCCCCAUCCUCGAUGAAGGUUAAGAUCAUCGCUCCUCCCGAGCGCAAGUACUCCGUCUGGAUCGGUGGUUCCAUUCUUGCUUCGCUCUCCACCUUCCAGCAGAUGUGGAUCUCAAAGCAGGAGUACGACGAGAGCGGUCCCUCCAUCGUCCACCGCAAGUGCUUCUAAGCAUGUUCCUGCGUACGGUUCUCGAGAUCAUGACAAGCCUACAGGCGGAGACAUCUGCGUUUUGGCGCACUGUCAUUCCUGGGUUUCACACAUGGCGGUUGUCCACAAAAUAGCACAGCGAGUCAAUGAUUGGGUGUUUGAGUUAUGGAGCAGCUUGGGCUCACACAUGAAGUGUAGUGCGGAUCUUAAGGUUGUAGCUUAGAGCCUAUGAACACUUUCGUAUCCCUUACAGAUGGGUAACGCUCAAGUGAUGUUUGUGACGUGCUCUGAUGAGUCUGUGGGCAUGAUGACAUUUCCCAAAGCAGCCGCAUUUGACAUGACAUGCCUGUAGAGACCGCCUAUUAAAAGUCUGACG